CGUCUUCAAACAACAUGUUGAUGUGUUUAUUAUAAUAAUUAUUAAUCGUUAGGGAAAGUUAUUAUUACUAUUAAGAGUUAGAACAGAAUAAAGUGAGUGAAUUUGUGUAUUUUUGGUGAUUUUUGUGGCGAUUUGUUAUACCAAGGAUACUUAGUGUGAUAAUAAUCAAGGAUUAUUAAUAAUUAUUAAAGACUAUCUUUAGAAAAACAUUCGUAGGUCAGACUUUGUUGGUGGAAAAAGUUAAAAAAAUGAGAGCAGUGUAUUUGAUUGUUAUUAUUGCUCUAUCAACCAAAGUAUUCGCGACCAAAGACCUCCGCCUGCUAUUCCCUCUUGAUAAGCAGUACGUAUACGAGGUCCACGCCUCUCUGUCUACCCUCUCAAGCGCUAGCGAUGGCUACAAAGACACUUCCUGGAGCCUCACAGGCCGCCUGAAGGCCCAAGUCUUCGACAACGAAAGCCAUGUGAGAUACGAAUUGGACGACAUAAAGGUCCAUGUAACAAGCAAAACUGAUGGCCACAUAUCCUAUCAGUUUGAUAACGAACUCGCACCAUUGAAAUUACCAUGGAUCGUAGAAUAUUAUAAGGAUAUUUGUCUCAUCGAAGCCAUAUUCCUGCCGGCAGAACCCACGUGGGUCUCAAAUGUGAAACGCGCACUCAGUCUGAACUUCCAAUUGAAGAAGGGCGAAGGGAUCUACACCAGCUAUGAACCCUGCAUCCACGACUACCGCUGCCUCACCACCUACGUCACAGACAAGAACAAGAUCAAAAAGUUUACGUCCUCACCCUCAUCUCCCAAGUUCGGGAACAGCUGGCGGUCUGUACCAUGGACUGACCCCGUCUACCGCCAAGAUCAGGCUCUGUGGAACUCUAUUCCGGACACAACUUCAGUUUCCACUGAGAGGGAGUACGGAUUGAAUGACAGAACCGGUCUGACAGAUAUAUCCAUGUCAGAAUUCAUAGUAUACAAGCUGGACGACACAGAACUGAAGGUGCUAACUGAGUUGACAAUACAGUACGACAAUGAGCCAGAUCUUCAGCCUAAGAAGCCGGAGAACCUCGAGGUUACCAGGUCCAGCGUCAAGUAUGACAGGGAGAGCUGUCAAGACUCCCUCUGUGGCAUCAUGACUGUCACCCAGGGGCAUUUGAAGAACAGGACCUUUGAGAUAUUGUUAAAGAUUGCCAAAAAAGGAAUUGACGCUGACAACAUAGUGAGAAACUCCUCCAUGAUUCAUAGCCUUGAUUUUAUUAAUCUACUGAGCACCAUAUCUCAACUGAACUACACAACCCUGAAGAGAAUCUUCGAAGACCUUGUCUUGGGAACUAGCUACGAGCUGGAGACUUCUAGAAAUAUAUUCCUAGAGAUGCUUCCGUACGCUGGCUCAGAUGCUUCAGUUAGAUUUGUGAAGCACUUAGUCAUUGAGGAGAAGGAAAAAAUAGAAGAUUCCGCGCUGAUAGCAAUGAUCAGAAAGCUACCGUUCACUGGAGCGAACUACACCCAGGAGUUGUUGCAGGAACUUGAACCGUUCACCAAAUUGGGACUGGACUUCCCUCAGGAAAUCAGACACUCGGCUAUCCUCAGCUUCUCCACCCUCCUGCAUCAGACCAAGAGGGAUGGGAAAGUGGGCGAUGACUACUUCGACAAUAUGGUGGUGAAAUACGUCAGGAUGUACAGUGAUUGUCCACACUACAUGGACAGACUGAUCUGGCUGCAAGGCAUCAGCAACAUCGGCUUCUGGGCACAGAAGUACACGAUGGAGAUAUUCACUGACACUUCCAAGAAACGAAACGAAAGGCUAUGGGCUGCAUUCUCUACCAACUACAUUGACAACCAAUACUAUACUGAUGGACAAGUUCGGAUAGUAGACCUGCUCCUCCCGAUCCUGACCAACUCCACCGAAGAUCUACAAAUCAAAAUGGCGGCCGUCCACGUGUUUCUGACGUCAACAGCGAUUACUCAGAAUGAUUUCUUGACUAUCCAAAGAUAUUUGGUCAGAGAUGAGACUCUGUACCGGUUUUGGUACAUGGCCAUCAAGAGUUUGGAGUUGAAUAAAAACUUCGAUGGUUAUAAGUUGGCCUCAAUGUACGUCCCAGCAGUAUCAGGCCUGAAGUACUACCUCAACACGGACUUCUGGUCGGUCAACAACCUCAUCAUCAGCUCCGCCGACCAGUCGUCCACCCUCCACCUGCUGUCCACUGGGAACCCUGGAGAACUGCCCAACUUCGCUGGUCUGAGGCUGUCGGUGGGAGGAAAUAGAGUUUCUGUCUACAUCUCAGCAGAAGGCGUAGCCUCCAACAUAUACAAGAGGAUGCACAACUUCAACGAGGAUGAGCUGAAGAUGGAGAAACUGGUGGAACUCCUGAAAGAGUUCAAGGUGUGGGCCACAAAGUCUUCGGAAGAGGUGCACAUAGAUUUUGUAGUCAAAAUCCAAGAGAAAGCUAUUUUCGUCUCGCACAUGAAUCAAACUAGGUUUGACAGCUGGAACUUGCUGGAAUUGGCCAAGUCAGUAAACGAAUUCUUACGACUCGGCAGCCACAUCAAUCAGCAGCUCGUCUACUGCCCGACGCAUAAGGAGUUGAUUUUCCCAAACGAGCUCGGUAUACCAGUAAAACUACAAACGACUACACUAUCGUUCACUUCAAUCCGAGGAAACCUUACAACACCAUCGACAGAUCUGCACAUAAGGUAUCAAGGCGUAACCCUGACAUCCCUGUCGUCUUUCGGCGCGUUCUUCCAAUCUGAGCACACGAUGAGAGUGCAAACCUCCACGGUAGCUCACUUGCCCAUCAAGUUCAACGUCACUGCUGGACCCACUGGGGUGGUGAACUUCAUAUCACCAAACCUGCAACGCGGUGGUAUAGUGAUGCACACCAGAGUACAAGUGGAGAAGCGAGCCAAUGGAACGGUCGAUGCUUUCACUUUGAAACGCGACGGGCAUGAUUAUGAGGUAAACGAAUCGAGCAUAUAUUUUGACUGCGACCACUCCGCUGCAGGUUUGGGAUUCGAGGAUCUCUUCACCACCAGCUUCUACGACUUCCUCAAUUCCCUGCGCUCCUCCAGAUUGAUCCUCAACAGUUUCCCUAUCCUUGUCUCCUCGCCCUCUAAGUCUUGCGGCGUCAUCUACCCUCCCAAGACCUUGGGAGAUGAUAAGGGGCUCUUGGCCACCCUGGUGGUAGACGACGCACCAUCAGUCGUUGGGUUCCUAUCAGGGCAGCAGGAGCAGUUGAAAUUGACGCUGCUUUUAAAGUAUUAUAGACAGGACGUUGAAGCUCCAGAAGAUGAUACCAUCUUCAAACUGGAUGCGGAGUUCGAAAUAAACAAUUUGGACGACAAAGUAACUACGAGGCUUGUUGCCAAUGGAUCCAGGCCUAAAUCACCAGGGUCUAACUGGAGGCUGUUAAUAGAGAACCAAGACUUCAAUAUCUAUGCCAAGAACAUGCCUCAAGGCACCAGCUACGCCGGCAGCUUCGCCGUCAACUUCGUGACGUCAUCCAAGGCCAGGGUUCUGAAGGUGGAAUACAGCGACAAUAAAUACUCCUUGGGGAAACUCCUCAACUUGAAGAUUACUAACAAAAAUUUACCAAGUGACAUGUUGGCCAAUCUGGGCCUAGGAUGCGAAGCAGAGACCUUCAGGCAAAAACCUUUGUUCAGUACUUCUGAAGAUCUCGCCCAAUUCAACGUUACUUUAGAGGUGAAGAACGCUAUAGCAUCAUUGGCUGUGAAUAAUGACGCGAAGAUUCAAUUUGUGUCGCUCGGCUUUGAUAGACUCUUCGAAGCCUGGACCAAUCUGAAGAUGAUAAACAACUACUACAAGGAAUUCUCGCCGUCGCAAAACGGUACAGCGGAGAAAAAUUUCGAGACGUGGUUCAGGUUCGGGCCCCACGGAGGCACCACCGAGUGCACUGAACGACUUCUGCUAGGCGACUGUACUGAGAAACCCAGGUUCGCAAUCACCCAACUCAAGCAGGGGGGGCUGAAGGUUUACGCGGGGGGGUACUACGUCACAGUGGAGAGGACGGGGAGGCAGAACAUGUUCAUCAAUAUGACGCAGUCAGACAACCAUUUGAAGGUCUCCGAAAUCAAGAACGGCGUGAAGAUCACCUCGCCUCACACAGGCGUCCAGGUCUAUUACAGACACCAGGAUAUGCUGAUCCUGGUGCCAAGCUCGCAUCUCCACGCCAUCUGUGGGCAUAUCGUGGCAUCUUUGCCCACAGAUGCUAGAAUCUGUGGGAAACACUAAUUAAGAUAGUGUAACAUAGCGGUCGACAAAUGUUAUGUAGAAUCAUAUGUCGACAGAUGCUAGACUAGAAUCUGUGAGACAUUAGAGCUCGCUCCUGCACGCCAUCUGUGAGCAUAGCGUGGCAUCUUUGCCCACAGAUGCCAGAAUCUGUGGGAAGCACUAACUAUAGGAUAUCGAGACAUCUCUGUCGACAUAAUAUCUCAUGUAGCAUCUGCACUCUAGACAAGUGGCAAGACGUGACAGUUGUAAUUCGAAAUUCCUACGUUCCAGCGUUUUUGUUUGUACUCGUAGUUAUUUGUACAUCGCUCUGUGACGGAAAUUCUAAGUUGCAAAUGUCACGUUUUGCCAAUUACCUAGGGGGGCUGGGGCAGGCAAUAACUAGGAUAGCGUGGCAUCUCUGCUCAUAGAUGCUAGAAUCUGUGGGACAUUAGAGCUCGCAUCUCCACGCCAUCAAAUCUGUGGCCAUAUCGUGGCAUCUUUGCCCACAGAUGCUAGGAUCUGUGGGAAACACUAAUUAAGAUUGCGUGGCAUUUCUGCUCAUAGAUGCUAAGAUGCUAGAAUCUGUGAGAGUCCUUAGAGGCUCUCUAGAGAGUCACUGUAAUCUGUGAGAAGCACUAAUUAAGAUAGCGUGGCAUCUCUGUCGACAAAUGUUAUUUAGGAUCAUAUGCUAACAGAUGCUAUCUGCAUAGAAUCUGUGGGACAUUAGGGCUCCCAUCUUCAUACUAUCUGUGGGCAUAGAGUGGCAUCUUUGUCCACAAAUGCUAGAAUCUGUGGGAA